CGGAAAUACAAUACAUAUUCGGCGACGAGGUACUUAUACGAGCUGGCUGCAUUAGAAAUGAAAAAAUGUAAAAAUAAAAAAGGUUGUUUUCGGGUUUUGUUGCAUUUGUUGUGUUUAGUAUUAGUAUAUGAACUCUAAAAAAACACCUUUUUUGAGCUAAGACGUCGCUAUUGGCAGUGUUCCGCUUCAUUUAUGGACAAAGACAAGCGUAACGACAUUCCAGGUCAGUGUUCCUGGAUGGAGAUGCAUCAGUUUAUUGGUGACCUUCUUACUGGAAACACCUCCAGUCAGACUCUGAAGACUCAGCCAGAUGUGCUGAACGUGGCAUGGGGCGUGGUCGGAGGAGAGGCCACGAGAUUCAAAGGUGCUUCCCUUGAAUCUCUGCAACAGCCUCGACCCAUCCUGGACAAGUCCGAGCUGGAGACAGGCCAACAGAUCCAAGCUGGAGCUCCACAGAAACCCAGACAGCAGACACGACAAGAUGCACACCAUGCCUGCACCUGUCCCGGCUGCCCGUACUCCAGUUCUUCCCUGACCUUUGAAACUUUAAAACCAAGACAAUCUUCUUCAUCAUCAUCCUCCUCUUCACAAACACAACUCGAUGGAGUACGCCGCCCCAAAGACCUUAGCAGCAGUGCUCCAACAAUCCUCAACAUCUGCUUACCAGAUAGCACUGAACCAAGCCCCACCAACACGUCUAACGAGCUAAUCACCAGACUCCCCAGUCGACCGCAGAGGGAGGACGCAGAGAGACCUGCUCAGAGCCCAGAUCAGAACUCUGAAUCACCUCCAUCCAGAACAUCCUCUGGCUCCUUGUCUCACCUCUCCAUGUUUCCCUGCCUAUGUUGCCAUCGUAGCCUGCAGACCUGUGCACAGAUAUUAAGCCAACAGGAGGAAACAGAUUCUCCGUUUUCUCACUCUCAUGCCCAUCAUCAUUUUCAUCACCACCACUGCCCUCUGACUUCUUGCUUAUCCUGCCCUCAGCUCGGUCACUCGCAGAGGCUCUCUGGUGCUUUUCCCUGCUUGUCUUGCCAGCGUUCCUUCCCUACUUGCACUCAGGUCUGCAACCACCAGCACAGACAAACACACACCCAGCAACAAGAGGAGAGAGGCAGGUCGGCUGUGACUCUUUUGUCACUGCACCCCUGUAUGCACUGUUCCGCCUCCUUUUCUAGACCCUCCCAGCUGCUGCAACACCAGCGCUCUGAGCACGCCCACAAACAGUCUGGCUUCCUUUGCACUGAGUGUGGCAGGGCGUUCAACUCGCACAGCAACCUCCGCAUCCACCUCAAUGUGCACACAGGGGCGCGGCCGUACAUCUGCUCCGACUGUGGGAAGAGUUUUAGCCAAUCAGGGGCUCUGAAGAUUCACAGACGGAUUCACACAGGGGAGAGGCCGUACUCCUGUGGCUUCUGUGGGAGGGGGUUUCCCCAUCUGGCUGGGGUCCGGGCCCAUCAGAGGACCCACACAGGAGAAAAGCCCUACCGUUGUAAUCAGUGUGGAAAAUGUUUCACUCAGUCAGGGGCUCUGAAGAUUCACACCCGCAUCCACACAGGAGAGAGGCCGUUCAUUUGCAGCAUAUGCGGUAAAGGCUUCUCCAACCGCUCUGGGAUCCGCUUCCACUAUCGAACAGUCCAUGGAUUGGCCCCAGAAUAUCCUGGAGAAGCUGGAGCUGGUGGGGCCUAUCAGGGAUCUGCAGGCCGUGGUGGUCUCCCAGGGCGUCCCAGGACUUUUCGUUCCUCCAGUGUAGACGUAAACACACCCAGCAACCCAGAAAGCAGCUCACACACAACUCCCAGUUCCAGGGAUUCUCCUGUACCGAUGACAGCAAAACCUAGUUCUGCUUUGCAUCAUGGAAAUGAGAAUAAAUCCCAGACAGAUGGAGCAAACCCAGGCAGUAGCAGAGAUGGGCUGCUGUAUACAUGUGAAGACUGUGGGCUGCAUUUUAAGGACGCCCCCUCUAGGAACAGGCACCAGACUUUGGUUCACUAUUCCUCUGAUGUGAGACCGGGAGAGGGAAAAAGCAAAGAAAUAAGUGCAAAUGAGAGGCUCCAAGAUAAUACCAGUGUCAUGGAGGUUAAUUAAAGUCAUUAUGAAGAUAAGAUGGAUUUAUAUCAGUUAAUAACUCUGAUCAUCUUAUGGCUUAACUUUAAUUAUCAAUUUAUCUGUGAUAUGGCACCUUUCACUGUCUUAUUAGAUAGUGACAAAUAUCCUGCACCAUUUCAAGAAGCCAAGUCAUUUAUUACUGUCAAACAAUGAAAAUCUGAAAGAAAAUCAAUUUACAGUGAUUUGAAACAAAGAGAAGCCGAUCCAUUUACUUCAGACACUGGAAUGUCUGGUACCUUUGCUUGAAAUAGCACUUAAAUAUUAAAUUAUCAUAAUAGAUGAUGGUUACCUUCCUAUGAAUCACAGGAAUUUUGAACAGUUUCUAUUACAAAAGUGGCAUUCUGAUAGAUUCAGUACCAUCACCUAUGAAAUCUUAAACCUUAUUUUUGUUUGUUGUGCCUUGUCAUGCAGUAGAAGUGGCUGUACUCACCACUUUUUUCUUAAAAUGUAUGAAUGACUGAAUAUGGCACCUUGAAACAGCAGACUUCUAUCGGAUUAACUUGAUCAAGUUGAGUUACAAUUUGAGAUGUAACAGAGGGCAGCCAGUGUCAGAUCCCUGUUACUACACAAAAUGUGUGCAAAAGGUAAAGUACUUUAUUUCCUGAAUACACUUUUCAAGCAACAGAAUAAAAAUCAUUAUAGUUAAUUUUAAGUCAAAUUAUUAGGUAGUUCAUACCAUUUAGGAACAAAAUCCUAUAGAAAUGUCAAAGAAAACUACAUAAAUUAAAGUCAGGAUUUAUUUUUUUCAUUUUGUAUUUACUUGAGGUCAGAGUUCUUUGUUGUGACAAAGAUGCUUUGCAGUGGCACAAGUUCAUUAUGUAACAAAAGAACUGCAUAUUAGCAUUACUAUAAAAGUCAUUUUUGUCUUUCUUCCAUUAUAGGGCCAGUUGGGAGCCAUAUUAUCAACUAUUCACUUGUCUGUUUUGAAGUAACAAAGACAAACUAAUAAGUUGAGUCACCAGUUUUAGUUCAUGUAACAUAUGAGUCCUCUUAUGCCACCUUGCCUGUUGUGCCUUUACAUGUAAUAUUAUAAUCAAAGCAUUUAUUUUCCAAAUAUUAUAUAUGUUGAGACAGGAUGACUUUUUUAGGAUAAAGGACCAGCAGACAAAUGAUCAAACAAUCAAUUAUUAUUACUAUUAUUGUUCACAGCUCAAGAGAGCCAUCUACUGGUUAUGUGUAAUCUUAGCAGUAAUAGCAACCACACUGUUACAGUGAACCAUUUAUGAUGCUUCUAACGUGUUUUUCUUUUGAUAACAAAACAUGUUGAAAUUCUAUAUUGUGAAUACUAUGCUUACACCAUAUUGUGACAACAAGUAACAUAUACAGUCCGCUUUUUUUUUUUUUGCAUUAACCUGUUAUACAGACUGAAGCAUACAUUGCCAUCUGUCUUUUCUGAAAGUGCAGCUUGUGAUUAAAUGUCAUUAAUCAUCAUUUAUCAAUAAAGAGUAUCUGUGGAGA